UUCGCAUCGUACCCGAUUAAUUAAUCAAGUGUUUUCGCGGCGUGACACGUUUCUACCUGAGAUUCUCGUAUAUCUCGUUUGUGCCUCCGUAAUUAACGCGUUGAAUUGUUCCGUAUGAUGCGAUACGGAAACGGGAAUAUGUGUUAGUGCGAUUGUAACGCGGCAGCUCAUGACUCGCGUCGAUCGUAUGCAAAUCCAAAUAUAAUCUGGCAGAGUCGGUGACAACGAGUAACGGUCGAGAAACCUUAGGUGAUCCGAGGCGAUCGAAUUUCGAAAUCGACACGACAACAUCGCAUAAUGGCCAUGCAGUUACAGGUGUGUCCAAUCGUGGUCGUUUCACUUUUUAUUGCUCGUGCCUCGAAGGUACAACGAACCGUGUUGCACUGUUCCUCGAAUUAACUUGGACGCAGCAGGAAAUUAUAUCGAUGAGAUGUCAUUCCCACUUGGUUCGACAAUAAUUAUUUGUCAAUGAAUGAAAUAAUCUAUCUAACCUUUUUUAUCAGAGUAAUCACGAGUAAUUAAAAACAAUAUAAAUAGCAAUAACGAAGUAGGAAACCUCGAAAAGUUUUAUCAUUCUAUCCGAUCGAGAGUUACAAGAGCGUUUGAUGGAAUUGCCAACGACGCUGUAGAACGUUCAAUUGACCAUCUGUCGACAUGUGUGUGUUUGCGUGUCUCGUUUGAAAAGAAGCAAUGAGAAGUCACGUAAGGACUGAGGAGGAAUAAAAAUACCUUCUAACGACAAACGUAGGAAGCGGAAAAUUCAACGCCAUUUUACGCACGCCGAGAUCCGUAACCGAGAUUACGCGGAUCAGUCAAGUGUCGUUUGACGUAGUAACGAAAACAGUGAUCAUUCCUGCUUGUUCGAACAUUUCGCAUUCGUAGUUCAUCGUAUCAAGACGUUAACAAUUCGACAAGAACAUGCACUGUAUCGGACUAGCGUUGAUCACAAGGAUCAUCAGCACCUACACCAUGUCGCUGUCAAUACUUAUGAUAAACCUGUUGAUGAGCAGAUAUUUUUCGAAAAUAUCGGACGAAGAAUUCUUUAAUUCCAUUGAAAGUUGGGGUAUACUUGGUUUUAAUUGGUUGCAAAUUUUAAAAAACUUGCAAAUAAGGUAUAAAGCACAAACAACCGUGAUUUUCUUCCUCGUAUACAUAAUAUCGUUUUUACUGGCCAGUGCGUAUCUCGCCUUGGGAUCAAUUUCCAGGAAACCUAAGUGCGCCGUGCCUUGGAUUUAUUUGCAAGUGAUUAGCAUAAUAGAUCAGUCCGUGGCGUUGUCUAUUCAUCUGACGCACGAACAGCAAUAUGAUGUUUACGAUAAAUCAAUAUGGUACAUUCCACUGUGCAGUAUCUACCUAGUAUUUUCUGCGUGCAUAUGGAUGAUUGUGUAUAAUGCUCGGAAAGAAUGGAUCGAGGAACAACGGAACCAUACAGAUUUACCACUAACUUCGACCACAUCGACGAUGCAAUCGAACAAUGGCGGCGGAUUAAAAUCACCAUCGUUCCUCUCGCAGAAUUUUUUGAUGUUCGAUUCACCGAGAUUAUCUCCGAUAUUAUCCAAAUAGCUAAUACACACAAACUUGUGGACUCUUUGGACUUUGUCCCUAUGUUGCAUUUUUCAACAAGAAAAAGACCAGAAAAGAUUCGAAUCUUAAGUCCGCGUAAUAACCAUUGAUCACUCGCAACUAAUGGAAUGAGCGGAGAGCAGGCAAACUACCAGAAUACGAUGAAUCUCGGUCCCGUAACUGGGAAAAUGUAUAAUAAUGCGGGUAACUCGAUAAAUCAGUUCGGGGAUGCGACUAAUAGAGUGUAUCAAAUGCGCCCACGGCGGAGCGUAGCUGCAUAGAAAAUUUGAGAAAUGGCCACGUUUUACGUCGAAAUACUUUUAAACUUCCGGGAUUUGAAUCGCGCGCAAGCAUAUUCCCCAUACGAGGACCGGCGUCUCCUAGAUGGAAGUCGAUUUGUCCAAAAAUGGUUGGAACUUUUCUCGAAACUCUCGAGAAUAAUGAUCGAGCGUACAAUAGCUGAUAGAAAAAGACCCUUCUCACGAUUUAUUUCGGGCGUUUCACCACGUUCCUAGGCGAUCAUUUGCGUUCGCCGAAUAGUAACGCACCAACGAGCGCAACUUUUACAAUAUUCUAGAAUAUCCUUUCACCGCGCAAAUGUUUCUCAAUUUCGUGUUCCUUACACGAGAGUUAUGUUAAGCUCGGAGACGUCGUCAAUUUACGUGAUUAUCGAUAACAAGAUAUAUCUUCGACGUAUAAAUUGACGCUAACAAAAACUUUCGUAAGCUUUCCGUUGAACGAUACGGCUGCGAACAUGAAGGACAGACACAGUGGGGUACGCGACGUGGUUGGUUGGUGGUGCUUUUAAAAAGAACUGAGCGAGCCAAUUUGUAGACUGUCGCAAACUUUUAAAACACUAGUUGACAGCCGGUCCGCCCCCUCGCAACUUAUACACCCUCCUCGACACUCGUCCAACCAUCCAGAAGGAUUCCAACCACCAUUCCACGUUCCUCUCUGUCUCUCUGUCUCUCUCUUUCUCUCUCUUUCUCUCUCUCUUCCUCUUUCUUUUUCUCUCUUUCUCGUCUUUCGACUGAAGUACCUACCUACCAGUAGACGGCGAAACUCACCCCUCCGUGUCGUGGAAGCCGAUGGAUUGUAAAAUAAAACUAACUUGGCUCUUUCGUGGAUCGAGAACGAAGUACCGGCGAAAUCUUAUUCCCUCGAGUCUCUUUUAUUUUCGCGUACCCCUUUUUUUCCACCAACCAGGGUGCAAUCACGAAAAAAAAACUCGACGAAGAGUAGAUAUGUACCACGAAAGAGUCGUGCUUAUUCGAAAAAACGAAGAGGUCUUGAUCUGAGAUUAAAUCAAUUGAAGAUCGUAUUUGCGGCUGUUACUUUCUUAAAAUAUUUCUUGUAAAUUUGUAUGAUACUUAAUACUGAAAUAAGUCUGAAAUAAACGGGUACUUGUAAGCUAACACGUAAAA